AGACUCUCGGGCUGCGGCUGCCGCGGGAGAGGCUUCCACAGCUGCGGAGCGAGCGGCGGAGCGCGAGCAAGGCGGCGGCGGCGGCGGCCGUGGGGACAGCGGCGGCAGCGGAGGCGGCAGCGGAGGCGGCGACUCCGGGUACCACUCCCAUAAGGACAGGGACUCUCGAGGACCACAGACCUGAUUUGGGGAGCUCCUUCCUGUGGCCUCAUUGCUGCACCCACUGGUUUGUCCCUUCAGUCUGGAUUGGUGACACACAACCACUGGAGCUAUAUCCAGGUUUGCUGGCAUGGGAAACCUGCUCAAAGUCCUAACCCGGGAAAUUGAGAAUUAUCCACACUUUUUCCUGGAUUUUGAAAAUGCCCAGCCUACUGAAGGAGAACGAGAGAUAUGGAACCAGAUCAGUGCUGUUCUCCAGGACUCCGAGAGCAUCCUCACGGACCUGCAGGCUUACAAAGGAGCGGGACCAGAGAUCCGAGAUGCAAUUCAAAAUCCCAAUGAUAUUCAACUUCAAGAAAAGGCUUGGAAUGCAGUUUGCCCCCUGGUCGUGAGGCUGAAACGGUUUUAUGAAUUUUCCAUCCGCCUUGAAAAAGCCCUGCAGAGUUUACUGGAAUCUCUGACGUGCCCUCCUUACACACCAACCCAGCACCUGGAGCGGGAGCAGGCACUGGCAAAGGAAUUUGCAGAAAUCUUACAUUUUACCCUUCGAUUUGAUGAGCUGAAGAUGAGGAACCCAGCGAUUCAGAAUGACUUUAGUUACUACAGGAGAACAAUAAGUCGCAACCGCAUCAACAACAUGCAUCUAGACAUUGAGAAUGAAGUGAAUAAUGAGAUGGCCAACCGAAUGUCCCUCUUCUAUGCUGAAGCCACACCGAUGCUGAAGACUCUCAGCAACGCCACAAUGCACUUUGUCUCAGAAAAUAAAACCCUGCCAAUAGAGAACACCACCGACUGCCUCAGUACCAUGACAAGCGUCUGCAAGGUUAUGCUGGAGACACCGGAGUACAGGAGCAGGUUUACAAGAGAGGAGACACUCAUGUUCUGCAUGAGGGUGAUGGUGGGGGUCAUCAUCCUCUAUGAUCACGUGCACCCCGUGGGAGCUUUCUGCAAGACAUCCAAAAUUGAUAUGAAAGGCUGCAUAAAAGUGCUGAAGGAGCAGGCCCCGGACAGUGUGGAAGGGCUGCUGAAUGCUCUCAGGUUCACUACAAAGCACUUGAAUGACGAAUCGACUUCCAAACAGAUUCGGGCGAUGCUUCAGUAGAGCCCUGCUUACAGAGGAGGAUCUGUGUGCUGACCUCAGAAGAUGUAUAUGUUUACAUAAUUUAAUACAGAUUGAUGUUAAUACUUGUGUAUUUACAUAACCACUUCCUUCUUGUCUCUGAAAUAUAUGGACCUUAAUUUGUA